AUGGCUUUAAAAUUUGCCCCGUUUGCUUCUGAAAUAGAGCUACCAUUUUACACAGCUCUUUCCCAGUUGAAAAUCGAUCAUGAUAAGUUAGAUGAUUCUGCACGACCGGUUCUCGGGUUGUAUGAACCAAGGGCUACACAAAGUCCUGAUCAGAGUUCUCGUAUGAGAGUUCUUGGUAAUGCUUUAAGUAGCACUGAAGUUCCCCUGGGUCAUAUUCGGGCUGAGGGUAUAAUCAAGAAUGUCAACACCAUCGAGGACUUUAAGAAUACGGACAAACAGGCAAUGUUACAAACUUCUGCCAAACAGAUUUGGGAUGCUAUUAAUGAUGGCACCAUUUAUUCUAUUCCUUCAUUACUUUCUUCAUUCACUAUUUUGUCUUUUGCAAAUUUGAAGAAAUAUACUUUUACGUACUGGUUUGCUUUUCCUGCUCUACAUUCGGAGCCGGCAUGGAAGAAAGUUGAGCAGCCGCCCAAAUUCAGCGCUGAGGAGACCACGGCGCUUACGGAGGAGCUUGCCAAGCGAGUAUAUCCUUCAUUGGAACAGCCCCAAGAUCCGGAAAACGAGUCGAACUCCGAUUUGCCAUUUAAAUGGGUUAUUGGAUCCUUAAGAGAAUUCGAAGAUGGUUUCUUCAAUGGCGUAGAUGCAAAAGACCAAUACGUAUCUUUCGUCGAUCCGUCUACUUACCUCGAAAAUCCAGGGUGGAUGUUACGUAACCUUUUAGUUUUGAUUAGACGCAGAUACAAGCUCGAUAAAGUCCAGAUACUUUGCUACAGAGAUAAUCAUGCAAAACGGCAUGUGCCCCAAAGCUUGAUCUUAGUUUUAGAGAGUAUCUACGACCCAGAAUAUCAGUCCACUGGCCCUGAUGAGACGCCUAAAGUCACGGGCUGGGAGCGUAAUAGUCUUGGGAAGCUUACUGCGAAAGUCACCAAUUUGGCUCAGUAUAUGGAUCCGGCUCAACUUGCCGAUCAAGCGGUUGAUCUUAAUCUCAAAUUGAUGAAAUGGCGCAUUGCACCUGAAUUGGACUUGGAUGCUAUCAAGAACACAAAAUGCUUAUUACUCGGAGCUGGAACCCUUGGGACAUAUGUUUCGAGACUACUUAUGGGUUGGGGAGUGCGCAAGAUUACCUUUAUCGACAAUGCAUCUGUUUCAUUUUCAAAUCCGGUCCGGCAGCCAUUGUUUGAUUUCAAGGAUUGUAUAGAUGGUGGUGCCAAAAAGGCAUAUCGAGCAGCUGAAGCUCUACAGGAAAUUUACCCAGGGGUUGACAGUACUGGACAUGUAAUGUCAGUGCCCAUGCUUGGACAUCCAAUUACAGAUGAAGCUGCUACCAAAAUGGACUUUGAACUUUUACAAAAGCUCGUUGAAGAUCACGAUGCAAUCUUCUUGUUAAUGGAUACCCGGGAGAGUCGAUGGCUUCCAACCGUUAUGGGAAAAGCAGCUGGAAAAAUUGUUAUGAAUGCAGCUUUAGGAUUUGACACGUAUGUCGUGAUGAGACAUGGGGUUACUCCAGAAGAUGGUGGACCUGCUGCGCUUGGUUGUUACUUUUGUAAUGAUGUUGUAGCGCCAUCUGACUCCGUGAAAGAUCAAACUCUUGAUCAACAAUGCACUGUCACUCGGCCGGGUGUGGCUCCUGAGGCAUCUUCCAAACUUGUAGAACUUCUUGCUUCAGUUCUUCAACAUCCACUGCGCGGUGCUGCACCAGCUCCAAAACUCUCGGCAAAUCAACAAUCAGGCCAGAUGGAAUUCGAUCGUGAUCCACCCAAUCAUCCUCUAGGUCUUGUGCCUCAUCAGAUCCGAGGUUUCUUGUCCGCUUACAAGACAAUGCUAAUCAGCGGUCCUUCGUACGACUGCUGCUCAGCCUGCUCACCAAAAAUUGUGAAUGCCUACAAAGAGGACGGAUGGGAAUUCAUCAAGCGCGCAUUAACUGAGAAAGAUUACAUCACAGAAUUGAGUGGGCUAGCAGAAGUUCAACGCAAAGCCGAAGAAGCAGCAAAUGAUGUAGAGUGGGAUAGUGAAGAGGAGGGUGUGGAGGAUGAAGAGGCCGAGUUACUUUAA